GUUUAUCAGAUAAACGGUUACCUGUUGAAUAAUUUUAUUGUUCAUUUUAAGUGGUGACAUUUAACUUAAUUAUUGUUUGUUUGGUUGUUAUUAAACGUGAUGCUCAUUGUCUUUUAUUAAUAUAACAGCAAGUGAUUACUUAAGUUUAAGAUGAUUCAUUUUAUGUUGCUGUUUAGUCGCCAAGGUAAACUCCGUCUACAAAAAUGGUUUGUUCCUCACUCGGAAAAAAUGAAGAAGAAGAUUACUCGAGAAUUGAUGACCAAUACAUUAUCAAGAAAAGCUAAACACUGUAAUUUCAUUGAAUGGAGAGAUUUAAAGAUCGUUUACAAGCGUUAUGCCAGUCUUUAUUUCCUUUGCGGAGUUGAGCAGAAAGAUAAUGAACUCAUCUGCUUGGAGUUAAUCCAUCGUUAUGUUGAAUUACUGGAUAAAUAUUUUGGUUCUGUUUGCGAGCUAGAUAUUAUAUUUAAUUUCGAGAAAGCUUAUUUCAUUCUCGACGAGUUUUUGAUUGGUGGUGAAGUUCAUGAAACGAGUAAAAAAUUGGUUCUUAAAGCUAUAAGUAGUCAAGAUAUACUUCAGGAAGAAGAGAUUCCGCAGGGCUUUUUUGAAGACCAAGGCCUAGGAUGAUUUGACCGGCACGAGCUAAGAGUAUUAAUCUAAUACUUGCAAUUCCAAAAUCAGACCAAAUUCAAUCAACAAAACUUGUUUAUGUGUCAAGAAAUAUGACAUGAAAACAAUUGCUUUGAUCUUCUAUUUCUUCAAUUUUCAACACAGCUGUUUAAAGAGGUAUUCCAGCAAAAAUUUUGUAUUAUUUUAAUGCUGUUUCUGAAAGCCCAAAAAGAUAGGAUUAAUAUUCAAAAUCUUUGAGAUACACUUAAAGAUCACUCAUCUAAAGAUAUCACUAAAGACUAAUCAAUUCCAGUAAAAAAGGGCAGAUGCUGAUGCAUGGUGAAUUAAAAGACUUGAAUCAAGAUUUCGUGGAUUGUCUAUGAAUAUCAUUCAUUGCGUGGUAAUUGGUAAAUUCAAGAAAAAUUAACAAAUAAAAACAACAUUGUAAUUAACCCAAAA